AUGACCCGACAAGGGAGUCUUGCCGUCUUGUCGGAGCUCAUUGAAUUACAGAGAUCUCCGAAACCACUCCCCGAGUUAGAGCCCCAAAUUAAGGAAUGCUUAUCCAAGUUAUCAUUCUUGCUGGUCCUGACCUCCAACGAUGCCACAGAACGACAAAUGCUGUCCAACUCGCUUUCGAUCUGGACUAAGAUAAACGAGGCCAUACAAGUAUACAUGGAAAACACCAGCAAGGACCCGCAAACCACAAGAACACCGCUGAUCUGUUAUCGCACAAGGCUUAUCAGGGGUGUGAUUCUUCUUGCCAGGAACCUGAUUGUCGGGCUCCGGAGCCUUCUUCUGUACAGCGAUGACGAGCGCGCAGACUUCUACUCCCGCAUUGGGCUCAGGAAUAAGGACAUUUCGGGGGAAUUACUGAUACAGUCUCUCUAUGUCAAUCACAGCCACAACAUCAUACCACUAUGUUUGACGUUUCUGGACAUGAUCAAAGAGCUCGAAGAGAGCGGCUUUCCGGAGUUUGUCGACGUCUACUACAAUGCUAUGGUUGCUUGUUUUGAGUAUCUCAGCAACAUCACCAAAAUCAGCACAGAGCUCAAGAAAAACGUGACGCCAGACUACAAUGCUGACGCGCUUGUGGACUUUCUAGCAGCACUGCCGAAUUACUGGGACGUAUUUGCCCGACUGAAUAUUGUCGAAACUGACUUGUUGCUCUGUGUGUUUGUCUAUUUCAGAAACUUGUUCAGCGAUGACGGGCUGCUUUCGAAAAUAUUCCAUGAGCAUCCGCUAGCCAUUGUAAAUCUCGUGGGGACCUGCCUUUCGAGACUUUUGCCGUUUGUGCGCCACAAUGAGAAGUUUACCGAGGAGCAGCUCGAACAGCUGGAGAUCGUCUCUCUCAGCAUGUAUGUGAACAUGGUCUCUCACGAAGGACUGGGACCUUUCCUUAUAAAGGCGGCCAAGUCUGGAACCGACGAACAAACGAUUGUGGACUUACUCCGAACUUUUCAGAUUAUACUAACCAGCAAAGAGAACGGCUGGGACAAGCUCAAGCUAGUGAAUAUCGUGGCUUGGCUUAUGGACUAUUUCAAAUUUGCGGCCCGCGAGGCUGGUGAGCUUCUUGACAAAAAAGAACUAGAUGACAAGGAGAAGGCGAGAUUGAGCCGUCUUCACUCACAAAUCAUAUCAGUGCUCGACAGUCUUUCGAGCCUCACGCAAUACGACGAGGUGCGCCAAAUGCUCAACCACUACCACUUUCUAUCCGUUUUGGUAGCUUUCUUCAAGGUGGUGGAACGAAACACGUUUAAGAAAAGACUCAAAGACGAUCAGGCACCGCCUCAUACGAAACACUUUCCCCAGGUCAAGCUGAUUAUUGUGGAGAUCAUCACCGCGCUCGUGUAUCAGAAUUUCGAAAACCAGGAAUUAAUGCGCAACAUCCAUGGUUUGGAACUGAUACUCAAUAACUGCAAUUUGGACGCCCAUGAACCUUUCAUCAAAGAGCGAGCUAUUUUGUGCAUCAAGUACUUACUACUAGACAACCCGCGCAACCAGGAAUUUGUUGCGAAAUUGGAAGCCAAGGGAACUGCCAUCGAUCCGAAAAACGAGGCAAUUUUGGAGCAGGCUGGCUUUGAGGUUAAUAUUGAAGAUGGAAAAGUCAAGCUCAGGAAGUCGGCAAGACUCACUGAGCUUGAACAGUCUGCUUCCAGUUCAUAG